AUGAGGCUUUCUAUCUUAGCUCCAAUUCUAGCUUCGCUCGUUGCAAGCCUCCCAACAGCUCCCAGGAGUGAUGUCGUAUCCUACGAUGGAUACAAGGUUUUGAGGAUAAACACGCAUGGGCACCCAUCGGCUACAAAAGGGAAACUCUCGGGAAUACUUUACGAACAGUGGAACCGGGAUGUCUACAAGCACCUAGAUAUCCUCAUUUCCCCUGAUCAGGUUGCCACGUUCGAAGCACUUGACCUUGACUACCAUGUUAUGCACGAGAACCUAGGAGACUCAAUUGCGUCAGAGUCCAUUUCGAAGUCCGUCUUUUCCAGACAGACUGGAGACCUCUCGUGGUAUGAUUCGUACCACGACUAUCAGGAUCAUAUCCAAUAUUUCGAGGAUUUGCAAAAGUCGUUCCCAAACAACUCAGAGCUCAUUUCAUCUGGCACCUCUUAUGAAGGGAGAAACAUAUACGGUCUCCAUCUAUGGGGCGCGAGUGGACCCGGCAAACCGGCAGUACUCUACCAUGGAAAUGUGCAUGCUAGAGAAUGGAUUACAUCGCCAGUCGUCGAGUACAUAACACUCCAGCUAGUGAAUGGCUACAAUGACGGCGAUAAUCUCACUCGUUCCUUUUUAGAUAAGUACGACUUCUACAUCGUACCAAUUAUAAACCCAGACGGUUUCGCGUACUCUCAAACAACUGAUCGCUUGUGGCGUAAGAACCGCCAACCGCCACCUGGGAACGAAUCUUGUAUUGGUCGGGAUAUUAACCGCAAUUGGGAAUUUGCAUGGGAUGCGAACCCAUUAGGCGCCUCCACCAACCCGUGCUCGCAGAGCUAUAAGGGCGAGGCACCUUCUGACACACCGGAGAACCAGGGUUUAGAUAAGUUGGUACGUCAGUUACGCAAUGGCGCAGGCAUCAAGCUAUACAUAGACUGGCAUAGUUAUGGACAGUAUAUUCUAUCGCCAUUUGGGUACAAGGAGACAUUAUACGCGCCCGAACUUGGUAAAUGGACUAAGGCAGCUGGAAUCGUCAGCGAAACAAUUCGGGAUAGUUCAGACGCGCGAACUACGUUUACCUUCGGGCCCAGCGGAGCGACUCUGUAUCCAACGACAGGUGCAGCGCCUGACCAUGUUUAUAGUAUUGGCCGUGCCGAGUUCUCCUAUACUAUUGAACUCCGGGACACGGGCAGAUUCGGUUUCGUAUUGCCUCCUGAGCAAAUUAGGCCUACAGCCGAGGAACAGUGGGAAGGACAAAAGGUGUUGCUAAGUUUACUAGACGAGGACUUCUUCGAUGGUGAAGGCCCGGCUUAA